ACCUUAUAUAAAUGUAUGUCGUCGUCGUCGUCGUCAUCGACCCCACAGUCACACUCAGAUGAAAUUUCCACAAAUUUUCCUUGCAUGACCAGUGAACAAAUCGUCCAUGGCGGUCAACGGUUGUCCCGUGAUUUACCAGAUCCAUGGUCUCUCGUAUACAAACCCUCUUCUUAUCUUCUUCCUCCCUUCGUCUCAACGAUGAUCUCUAAAUCUCUCAUCGUCGUCGUCCUCCUCAUCGCUGCCGUAUCCGGCGGAGAUGCGGCGUCGUACAACGCGACCGAUCUCCUCCUCGUCAACUGCGGAGCCACGGGCUCCAACAUCGCCGACCAAAGCGGCCGAAUCUGGUCCGCUGAGGACCGGAGACUUCUGUCGGCGAACUCCAACGGUUCGUCGUUCCCGGCGACGGCUUCCGUACAAGAGCCCUCGGUGGAGCAAGUUCCAUACAUGACGGCUCGGAUUUUCCGAUCCGAUUUCAGGUACAGCUUUCCGGUUUCCCCCGGUUGGAAAUUCGUCCGGUUAUACUUCUACCCGACCCGGUACGGUUCCGAUUUCGACGCCGUUAACUCCUACUUCGCCGUCACCGUCAACGGUUUCUCUCUCAUGAGGAAUUUCAGCGCGUCCCUGACGGCGGCAGGUUCCGUUACGCCGUCGAAAUCCAUAGUCAAGGAGUUCAUCAUUCCCGUUUUGAACGGCCAAACGCUGAAUCUGACCUUCGCGCCGUCAGCAAACUCGUUAGCGUUCGUUAACGGAAUCGAGAUCGUCUCAAUGCCUGAUGGACUGUACACAAAGGGAGGGUUCGACGACGUCAUCACAAACGUCGAUAGCUCCGUCGCUUUCGAGAUUGACAACACGACGGCGUUUGAGACCGUUUACCGCGUUAACGUCGGAGGAAAGGCGGUAACGGCGUUAGGAGACACGGGUAUGUUCCGGCGGUGGGAUUCCGACAACGAUGGUUACUUCAUCGGACCAAAUUCUGGGCAGACACCGUACUUGCCCGAUGUUCGGAUCAAUUACACGUCGAAAACGCCGGCUUACGUUGCGCCGGAGGAGGUGUACACUACAUACCGUACGAUGGGAAACGCCCAAAACCCUCUUCUCAACUUGAACUUCAACUUGACUUGGAUUUUCACAGUCGAUGUCGGAUUUAACUACCUCGUCAGGCUUCAUUUCUGCGAGACUAUGCUGGAAGUCACGAAACGUGGACAACGUGUCUUCUCCAUCUUCAUCACGAAUCGAAGUGUUGUGUUAGACGCCGACGUGAUAAAUUGGAGCGGUGGCUCCAAGAUUCCGGUGUACCGAGAUUUCGCUACGCUCAUGGGGUCCAAUGGAGGAGAGAAGAGGCGUGAUCUACAGCUUGAUUUACAUCCGUUCAUGGAGGUCAAGCCCGAAUAUGCUGACGCCAUUCUUAACGGUGUAGAGAUCCUCAAGCUGAGUAACACGGAUGGUAAUAUUGCCGGACCUAACCCUGAACCCAUUCCAUCGCCGGAACCGGAACCUAGAUCGCGGCCAGUGAAGAGGCGAGGAAAUGGGCGGUCACAUGUCUUGGUGAUCAUCUUAGCGGUGGUUGGUUGCGUUCUUGGACUGUCUAUAAUAAUGGUUACCGCCAUGUUGUUCACAUGCCGGAGGCAGAGGAAGAGGAAGAACUACGGUGCAGAUACCACGAGCAAGCCUAAAGACUCAAUGGAUCCGAUUUCUUACACGACACUGUCCACGACCACGAAGUCGAGCUCUACUCUCCCCUCAGAUCUUUGCCGUCGGUUUUCUAUUUCGGAGAUCAGAUCCGCCACGGAUGAUUUCGACGAGAAGCUAAUCAUCGGAGUAGGCGGGUUUGGAAACGUAUACAAAGGGAGAAUCGAUGGAGGAUCCAUCACCGUCGCGAUCAAACGGCUGGGAACGUCCUCACACCAAGGCAUCAGAGAGUUCGAAACAGAGCUCAACUUGCUCUCUAAACUCCGUCAUGUCCACCUCGUAUCUCUCAUCGGAUAUUGCGACGACGAGAACGAGAUGAUUAUUGUCUACGAGUACAUGCCUCGUGGAACACUCAGAUACCAUCUCUACAAGAAUGAUAUUCUCUACAAGAAUGACAGGAACACGGAGUCUCCCAUGCCAUGGAAACAACGGUUGGAGAUCUGCAUCGGGGCAGCUCACGGGCUAAACUAUCUCCAUACAGGAGCAAAGCAUUCGAUCAUACACCGAGAUAUCAAAUCCACCAACAUACUUCUCGACGACAAUUAUGUGGCCAAGGUUUCGGAUUUCGGAUUGUCCAAAGUUGGUCCGACCAGUGUGUCUCAAACUCACGUAACCACUGUCGUUAAGGGAAGUAUGGGUUACUUGGAUCCUGAGUAUUAUCGUCGUCAGGUAUUGACGGACAAAUCCGACGUCUACUCAUUUGGUGUUGUCUUGUUCGAGGUCCUAUGUGGUCGUCCUGCAAGAAUGCCAGGCCUGGACGCAGAUCAAAUGGAUGUAACCAGAUGGGCUAAACUAAACCAUUCGAGAGGAACCGUUGACCAGAUCGUGGAUCCGUAUCUGACGGGAGAUAUAACUCGUGUUUCGCUGGAUAAGUUCUGCGACAUCGCGGUGAGGUGCGUCCACGACCGUGGGACGGAGCGGCCGACUAUGAACGACGUCGUUUGGGCUUUACAGUUCGCGCUUCAACUCCACGAGACGGCGACGAAGAAUGGUAACGAGGACGAGGUGGAUACGAUGGUGAUGACGGAGCAAACCAAUUACAGCAUGUCACGUGGAGAUAUGGGUACGACUGAUGAAGGAGAUGACUUGUUUAGCCGGACGACUGGACACGUGUCGGAAUCUACGGGCACGGACGAGACGAGUCUUCUGAGAUACGAGGGGACUUCUGGUUCGAACUCGGGUGCGGUCUUUUCCGAGAUCAAAGACCCCAAAGGACGGUAAUAUAAUUAUUAAAAAAACAAGCUCUUGUAUUUGUAUUAUUAUAUAUUAUUAUUAUGGUAAGCGCCAAAUAUUUUGAUGUUGUGAAAUAAAAAUGUUAGGGAAUGAUAUGCAUGUGCUUGUCGCCAAUGUGAAAUAUUCACUCUUUUUUUAAUGAAGAGCCAUCCUAUUUCAUAGAUGUAUUUUACUUUCA